CAGUUAGGACACGGUGAUAGUUUAUAUUUGGUUUCUAUGGAAAAUGCUCACUACUGGACGUUAUGUAAUGUAUGCAUGGCGUGCGUGAGACCGUUUUGGCGCCAUUAAUAAGAGUCCGUUAGUACUAGCAGCUAUUAACUCUCAACCUAAAUUAGGUUAACUGUCAAACCUGUCUAAAUAUGAGUUUUUCGGCAGGUAAGACAUAAGGACGAGGUUCGUCCUUUAAUAUUGAGGAUAUUAUGAAACCUCCCAUGAUUGAAGGUGCUAAUGGAAAACCUAAAGUUGAGCAGCUAAUGACCAAACUCAGAAUGCUGCAACAAGGAAAUAGGGUUCUGGAGGAUGAGUUAAAGGAGGCCCAGUCAACCAACGAUUCCCUGCAACUGGAGCUGGACACCGUGCAGACAAAGGCUUACCAACUGGAGGGAAUCCAUAAAGAGACAGAUGAGUCAUGCAGGGUCCUGCAGUUCCAGUGUGAGGAGAUUGAGCAGGACACCAACAGACAUUUACAGCUGAACAGGAAGAGUGAGGGCCUGGUGGAGCAGUACAGGUGUCAGAUCCAGGAAGCCAAGCUUAAAUGCAGGAAACAACGGAUGAGGUUUGAAAACCAACUUCAGCAGCUGAUAGAACAGCACAAGAGUCUACACUCAGUCUUUACCACCGAGAGACUGCCAACUGAAAUAGAGACUGUAGAAAACACCCAGUCUCAUCUGCUGACGGCUGAGCAUCUAAAGUUGCUUCAACUACGCCAUCUAGAGGAGGAGCUGGAGGAGCUUACAAAACAAACGUAGCCAGAGGCAGAGUAAGGAAGACUGCGUAUGUUUUAAAUCACACAUAUCUGCUUCCUCUUUUGGUACACUUUAGAGAUACCGUCAUUUAAU